GGGCCGGCGACACCCGGGGAGGGACGAUGAAGCGGCAGAAUGUGCGCACGUUGGCGCUCAUCGUGUGCACCUUCACCUACCUGCUGGUGGGCGCCGCCGUGUUCGACGCGCUGGAGUCGGAGCCGGAGAUGAUCGAGCGGCAGCGGCUGGAGCUGCGGCAGCUGGAGCUGCGGGCGCGCUACAACCUCAGCGAGGGCGGCUACGAGGAGCUGGAGCGCGUCGUGCUGCGCCUCAAGCCGCACAAGGCCGGCGUGCAGUGGCGCUUCGCCGGCUCCUUCUACUUCGCCAUCACCGUCAUCACCACCAUCGGCUAUGGUCACGCAGCGCCCAGCACGGACGGUGGCAAGGUGUUCUGCAUGUUCUACGCGCUGCUGGGUAUCCCGCUCACACUCGUCAUGUUCCAGAGCCUAGGUGAGCGCAUCAAUACCAUGGUGAAGUACCUGCUGCAUCGUGCCAAGAAGGGGCUGGGCAUGCGGCACCCCGAAGUGUCCAUGGCCAACAUGGUGCUCAUCGGCUUCGUGUCGUGCAUCAGCACGCUGUGCAUUGGCGCCGCCGCCUUCUCCUACUAUGAACGCUGGACCUUCUUCCAGGCCUAUUAUUACUGCUUCAUCACGCUCACCACCAUCGGCUUCGGCGACUACGUGGCGCUGCAGAAGGACCAGGCGCUGCAGACGCAGCCACAGUACGUGGCCUUCAGCUUCGUGUACAUCCUCACGGGCCUCACGGUCAUCGGCGCCUUCCUCAACCUCGUGGUGCUGCGGUUCAUGACCAUGAACGCCGAGGACGAGAAGCGUGACAAGGAGCACCGCGCACUGCUCACGCACAACGGCCAGGCGGGUGGCCUGGGGGGCCUGAGCUGCCUGAGCGGUAGCCUGAGCGACAGCAUGCAUCCCCGCGACCCGAUCAUGUGCCCGGCGGCCGCGGGUGUGGGCGUGGGUGGCAGCGGCUUCCGCAAUGUCUACGCCGAGGUGCUGCACUUACAAUCCAUGUGCUCGUGCCUGUGGUACAAGAGCCGCGAGAAGCUGCAGUACUCCAUCCCUAUGAUCAUCCCGCGGGACCUCUCCACGUCAGACACGUGCGUGGAGCACAGCUUCUCGUCGCCGGGAUGCGGUGGCCGCUACAGCGACACGCCCUCGCACCCCUGCCUGUGCAGCGGGACGCAGCGCUCGGCCAUCAGCUCGGUGUCCACGGGCCUGCACAGCCUGGUUACCUUCCGCAGCCUCAUGAAGCGCAGGAGUUCAGUGUGAACCACACGGCCAGGCCUGCAGCACCUGUGAGCCAGCGGGGUGGGGGUCCUGCCUGCAGAAGCCGCAGGAGGUGACCAGGAGGCCCCACCCAAAGACGCCUUCGGGCCCCGUGGGACGUCCCCAGCCCACCACCACCACCACCUCUAUUCUUCUCCUAGCCCCUAAUCUCCAACUGUGCGGGCUUGCACCAGCCAGCCGGAGACCGGGCUCUGAGGACCCCCGGAGCUCCCAUCAGAGCCCGAUCAAUUCCGAGAAAUGUGAAACUUGGGAGGUGGGGAGGUGGGGACCGCAGCCACUAAGAGCCUUUCAGAAAUCUGAGAAGCUCCGCAGUCCUCAGAGGCCCUGCUGGGACCCAGAACCCUUACCUCCCGAGGGGACUUCUGUUCUCGGGUUUUUUGUUUGUUUGUUUGUUUUUUGUUUUCUGGUUUUGUUCUGUUCUUUUCUUUUUUUUUCAUCUCUACUUAUACCUCCCCUGGGUUCUCCAAAGCCCAUGGUGUCUUUGUCCAGGUCACCCCCCACUCAAUCCCACCUUGCUCUCUCAUCUCCAGUCACGUCUCCCAGCCUUCCACUACCUUCUGUGUCUUUUUUUUUUUUUUUUUU